AUGGCCGCGGCGCGGGUGCUGCUGCUCCGCUCCGGGCGCCCCAAGCCCGUGAGCUUCUCGCAGAGUGUGUGUGGCCUCCUGGGCGCUGGGCCGGGGCCCACGCACUGCGGCCUGAAGCGGGGACAGCUCGUCCUCUCGGACAGGCCGUUCCCAGGAGCGUCGGCCAGGCUUCCGCUCCAGCGACCCCCUUUCUGCCCUUUUGCUGCCCUGGACCAGCAGCCCGGGGCUCCUGGGGCCGAGCUGCCCACGAAUCGAGGUGUGGAUCUGGGUGUGGCAGUCAUUCUGCAGUCCAGAGAUCAGACCGUCUUGUUGACCCGAAGGACACGCACCCUCAACGUUUCACCCAACCUCUGGGUAUCCCCAGGUGGGCAUGUGGAACUUGAUGAAGAGCUGUUGGAUGGAGGGCUUCGAGAGCUUUGGGAGGAGAGUGGACUACAGCUGCCCCGGGGCCAGUUCUCUUGGGUCCCUCUGGGGCUAUGGGAGUCUGCCUACCCUCCUAGGCUGAGCUGGGGUCUCCCCAGAUACCAUCACAUCAUUCUCUAUCUACUUGUCAUCUCCCAGGAGUCACAGCAGCAGCUGCAGGCCCGGAUCCAACCAAACCCAGGAGAGGUGAGCGCCUUUAUGUGGCUGGGACCAGAUGUAGCAGCUGCAGUGGCUGCCACAGAGGAUGGGGCAGAGACACCCAGACAUCUUCCCCAGGACCUACCACCCUCUGUCCCUGCAGUGGAACUAGGAGAGGAUGGAGGAGCUCGACCUCUGGCCUUGCCCACGUCCACACUGCUGCGGACCACCCCAGCCGCGGCCGACAGCCAAGAGAGGGUCAGCACAGGGACCAAGUUUGCCCUCAGGCUCUGGCUGCAACACCUGGGCAGAGUGACACCCCUAUCACGUGGAAGUGGAGCUCACUCGGACCCAGGGUCAGCAAAGGAAGAACAGAAUGUGGACCCUCUCCCCGCCGGACCAGGAAUCUGAUUAACCCCCUCCCCAGCCCACCUCCGU